UACUCAUACAAGUCAGUCGAACGGUGAAGGUUUAACUCUACAUUUUGCAAAAAUGAGAACACGCUCCACUUUUAUCGUUUCAAUACUAAUGGAAGUAACUUCGAUUCUAACGCAAUAUCCGACCUGCAGGAAAUUCGACUUUAGCGAUCCUUUAACUUUAAACCAAUUCGGCUCAAUUCCGAGCGAAGGUUGUGGCCCGAAUUUUAGUAGAAUGGCUAGUAGAUCUUACAGUGGCUCAUCGAUAAUUCCAUUGCGCUCAUCGUCUCGAUAUUUUUUGUCAACCGUUGGCCAACCAUUUUGUUUGAAGAGCCUAACGACAACUGAGGCAACUACUACUUCUAUAUUCAAAAUUGCCUACUUUCUCCAAGGAUCAACUGGAUUGGGAAAUUUAUUUUUUAUUGAAGUUCAUGGUGAUAAUGGUGAUUGGCAUUUGGUCGCAACCAUUCCUUUUGUUGCCAACCGAUGGACUGUAUACGAAGGCCAAUUUCUUCAUUCUGGAAGAGUACGUUUACUAGGAGCAACUGAUACAAGAAAUACUUUGGCUAUAGAGUACCUUCACAUUUAUGACCCCCAAGUGACUGACGAGAAUUGUGCGCCGACUGUCACAACUACAACAACAACAACUACAACAACAGCACCUCCAAAACUAUGUAAGUGGGAACCUGGUCAGGAAAUAGCAAUUGGCACUCGCUGUGUUGUGCAGCAUGGUUUCUUUGUAUUUCAAUUGGACGGAAACGCAGUUAUCUACGAUGUAAACAACGUUCCCAUUUGGAACACAAGAACAGCUGGCAUUGGACACACUUUUUUGUUCGAAACUAACGGAAAUUUGGUCAUGUACUCCAGUACUGGAACAGAUGUGUGGAACAGUGCAACCUCGAACAUGAGUGCAAGCUUGCUAGUGUUUCAAGAAGAUCGAAAUUUAGUUAUUUAUAACACAGCCAACACAUCUGCAGUUGCAUUGUGGAAUACUAGAACCUUUGUUCCGGGAUCGAAAUGAAACCAUUUUCAAGGAGGGUCCAUGGAAAUAUUUUAAUGAAAGUAAACUUGUGGAGAGGUUUUUCAAAAAUGUGAAGUUCUAGAG